UUGAUCCUGUGGUCCUUCAAGAAUUGCCUUCCAAGGAAGAGGAGGGCGAGAUGAAAGCAGAGUUGGAGGAACAGAAGGCCGAAGAAUUCAAAGUUCAGAAAGUCAUCAUCCCGCUGAGUGGAAGUUUGGUACCCUCCUCGCGCUCAAACACAUGCGGCAUCUGCGGUAAGAGUUUCAGCCGCCGCUCCAACCUGGCCAAACACCAGAUCAUCCACACAGGUGAGAAGCCCUACCGGUGCAAGGACUGUGGCCGCAGUUUCAACCAGAGUUCAGCCCUCACCAAGCACCAGAGAACGCAUACCGGGGAGCGCCCCUACGUCUGCGGAGACUGCGGCAAGGCCUUCACAGCCAGCUCCAACCUCCUGCAGCACCGGCGUUUCCACACCGGCGAGCGGCCCUACCGGUGUGAGUUGUGUGGCAAGGCCUUCUCUCAAAGCUCCAAUUACAACCUGCACCGCCGUGGCCAUACGGGCGUCACGCCCUACCAAUGCAGCGUGUGUGGCAAACGCUUCACUGGGAGCUCCUGCCUUACGCGCCACCAAAGGACCCACACUGGAGAGAAGCCCUACCAGUGCCAGGAAUGUGGCAAGCGGUUUUCCGGGAGCUCGACUCUAGCCAAUCACCGGCGUACCCACACGGGCGAGAAACCAUACGGCUGCGCCGAGUGUGGCAAGAGGUUCACCCACCACUCAAACCUGGUGGAUCACUGGCGGGUGCACACGGGAGAAAAACCUUACGUGUGCACCGAGUGUGGGAAGAGCUUUCGCCUUAGCUCACACAUCAUUCGCCACCGUCGCACUCACGCCAGCGCCCGGGGUACCAGCAUUAGCCUCGAGCAUGACCUUCUCAGCGGUGUUGACAUACCUCAUGCUGAUCACCACAUCAGCUUUGGUUGUGCCAAUGAUGACAGCCCUGAUAACCUUCACAGUGCCAGUCAUGAUGCCAUGUGUGCCAAUGCCAGCAUCUCUAAUGGCAGCAACGAUGCUGACGGGGAAGAGGGGAGCCGCCUCCUGAUCUGCAGCCAGUGUGGGAAGGGCUUCCGCCUGGAACCUAACCAUCGAGAGCACACAGACUCGGCCUUGGGAGAGGGGCCUUAUAGUUGUACUGAGUGUGGAAUGAGGAAGAAAUGGGAGGCAGCUGAGUCACGCAAGAAGCCUGCAAACAUAGAGCAAGAAGAUGGUGAUAGUGGUGGUGGGGAAAUCAGAACUAUCACCACUGGUCGUUCAGAGAGCAGGAAUCCUCACCACUGUGACGACUGUGGAAAGAACUUCUGUCGGAGCACCACAUUAGCGGAGCACCGUCGCAUUCACACUGGCAAGCGUCCUUUGGCCUGUGAGGAGUGCGGGGAGAAGUUCAUGCGCCGAGCUCUCUACAACGAACACAUCCGCAUGCAUUCUGAAGAGGGCCCGCCCAACCUAUGUGUAGUUUGUGGGAAAUCCUUCACGAAGCGCUAUUCACUCCUUCAGCACCAGCGGUCACACACAGGAGAAAAACCCUACCAGUGCCCGGACUGCCCCAAAAGAUUCAUCGCUAGCUCUGCCUUGACACAACACCGACGAAUACAUACUGGAGAGACGCCCUACCCGUGUCCAGAUUGUGGGCGCCAUUUUAGCCAGAAAUCAGUGCUUACAACUCACCGGAGACUUCACACAGGUGAGAGGCCCUACAAAUGCCAAGAAUGCGGGAAAGGGUUUAGCCAAAGUUCAGCCCUGACCCAGCAUCUCCGGACUCAUACCGGGGUGUCUCCGUACAGCUGUGGGGAGUGCGGGAAGAGCUUCAGCGGUAUGUCAGCCCUCAAGCGGCACCACCUCACCCAUACUGGCGAACACCCCUUUCGUUGUGAGGAGUGUGGCAAGGGGUUCAAGCAAAGCUCCACUUUGGUCCAGCACCAGAGGAUUCACACCCACGAGAAACCUUACGCCUGUGUCCGGUGCAACAAGAACUACAGCCAGCGGGCUGCUCUUGUGAAGCACUUGAGGACUCAUGCCAAGGACUCCUCCCUUCCCAGGACAGGUGGUGAGCUGGUAGAUAAUAGCGUUUACAAAGACUCUUUCCUCCGGCCCCGAGAGGUAAAGAAUGACACAGAGAAUGACACAGAGGAAGUGCUGGCGCUCCCUCCAGGGACAUGGGACGCUGGGGUCAAAGAAGAGCCUGAGGAUAAGUGGGAGAAGAGUGUAUCGGCUGAGGCAAUGGGGCCAUUGAUACAGGUGAAAGAGGAGAAGCUGGAUGAGAAUAAGCAUCCUUGCUUUAUGGCAAGGCGCAGGGAGGCCACUGGUCCCGGAGGUGUAGGAAAUGGGAAGACAGACUCGUCCUUGCGCCUGGUCGCCAAUAUCUUUCUCUGCCGAAGCUCCUCCUUCAGGUCUCCCGGUCCCCGCUGCCGUCUCCCUUGGCUGCUCCUGCUCACCUUCUUGCUUCUGGGUGGCGCGAUGGAGGGGCAGCACAUAAUGGCUCAGGUGCACAUCCAGACGCCCAUCUCCUCCUCCUCUUCCUCGUCUUCCGUGGCCGGGGAAGAAUCUAGGAAGCUGCCCAAUCCGGUACGAGUGGCAGCCCGGGAAAGGAUGGUGGGAGGCCGUCUGUUGGACAGUCAUAGCCUGGAUGGGAUAAGCCAGGUGUAUGGAGCCUCCAAGGCCCAGGAAGGCAGGAGGGCCACCAUCUCUAGCGCCCUGGAGCUGGAGGGGACGGUGAGCCAUGAUGGGGACCUGACCCACUUUGUGGCCAACAAUCUGCAGAUGAAGAUCAAGAUGAGUUCUCGAAGCAGCCUGGAUGACACGGAGCCCACUUCUUCCUCCUCGAUGUCAUCGCAGCUGUCUGUAAGGGGCAAAACCGCAGACAUUCCUCCCAUCGACCCGGAGGUGAUUCGGGAUCUGGAGAGGCUGACCAGGGAUGUGGCUCAGAGAGUGGACCAGAUGCUGAGAGUCUUGAACGGCUCUAUCCAGAACAUGACUGCCUUGAGCGUGGGCUACAUCCAGACUUACCGGGAUGCUGUGGACAGCUUGGGUGAAUCCGUGGACAUGAGCAUCAAAGGGAUGUACACCCUGAUGGCGAGGUGCGAGGAGCUGGACCGGUCCAUGCAACCAGUCCAUACUCUUGCGAAACAAAUCAGGGAGAUCAAGCGGACACUAGAGAUCUUUGAGGCACUUUGCAAGGCUGUGACCUCCCAUAUGGAAAGUGGGAAAGAAAAAUGUGUCUUGGAUCUCCAGGACUCCAGCGAAGGAGAGAUUGUAACAGAGUUGAUCGAGGUGAAGGAUCAUAAGGAAGAAGGGGUGGAACCACUGAGGGCAUGGAAAGAAAACAUGGAGAUUCACAGAAGAGCAGAAAUGCAGGAAGAACACUCUCUAGAGAAAGAAAUCACAGCAGAAGGCCAUCCAAUAGAUAUCACUCAAUAUGAGGCCAGUAAUGGUGAAUCUGUAGUUAUUGUGGAUCGGGAAACUAUUGACAACUUUUCUGACAGUGACAAGAUACCCAAAGCCACCAUUUGUCCUGACUGUGGAAAAAGCUUUAGCAACAGUUCUCACCUGGUUCGGCACCGUCGUGUCCACACAGGCGAGAAGCCUUAUAAAUGCCCCCACUGUGACAAGAGCUACCGCCAGGACUCCCACCUGGUCCAGCAUAUGCGCUCCCACACAGGAGAGAAGCCAUACCGCUGUACUCACUGCGGCAAGGGCUUCUCGCAGAGCUCCAACCUCAUCAUUCACCAGCGGACACAUACAGGUGAACGCCCUUUCACCUGUCCUGAAUGUGGGCGGAGCUUCAGCCACAGCUCCGACCUCAUCCAGCACAAGCGGAUCCACACGGGUGAGAAGCCCUACGUCUGCUCCAUCUGUGGGAAAUGCUUCUCACAGAGCUCCAAGGUUACCCAGCACAAGCGCUUCCACUCUGGAGAACGGCCAUUUUCCUGCGGGGAAUGUACUAAGACUUUUCGCCUCCGGGCUGACUUGGUUCGCCACCUCCGUGCCCACACUGGCGAGCGGCCCUUCGGCUGCCCUGAGUGUGGGAAGCACUUUGCCGAGAGUUCCCAUCUAAUCCGUCACCAGAGGAUCCACAUGAGUGAGCGGCCCUUUCGCUGCCCGGACUGUGGGAAGGGGUUCAACCAGAGCUCCAACCUCCAGCAGCACCAGCGAGUGCACCGAGGCCAGAAACCGUUCAAGUGCGACGAGUGUGGGAAAGGGUUUGGCGUAAGCUCAGCUCUCUUGCAACACCAGCGUACGCACACGGGCGAACGACCCUACUGCUGCAGCCAGUGCGGGAAGAGCUUCAGCGUCAGCUCCACCUAUCACAUACACCAGCGUAUCCAUGCUGGCCAAAAGCCCUACUCCUGUGCCGACUGCGGGAAGGGCUUCGUGCGUAGCUCUGCUCUCCUUCAGCAUCAAGCCACCCACACUGGUGAAAAACCCUUCCGUUGCCCUUACUGUGGGAGGGGCUUUGGACAGAAAUCAGCACUUUCUCAGCACCGGCGGGCCCACGUGAGGAGAGGAGAGACAUUGGCGUUGGUAGAGGGGUGGGAAGCUGCAGGGAUGGAAGGUGUCGGGGAGCAGGGAGUGGAAGGGGGUGUGGACAGCAUGUGGCAAGGCAACGGAAUACGGAUAAUGGAGCAGGAGUGGCGGGAGGAAGAGAGCAUGAGGCAAGAAUGGGAGGAUGAGGGGGAUGAGACAGAGAGGCCCGACUGGCAAGAAGAUGCUGAGGAAAGUGCAGAGAAGCACUUGCUGGAUAGCGGUGGAGAGAGCGAGAGGCAAAGUUGGGAGCGCACGACGGAUCAAGCCGUGGCUUCCCGCCAUGGGGCAGCAUGGCAGGACGAGGAGAGUACGGUGCAGAGUUUGCAGGACGAUGGUGCCAGCAGCAUGAGGCUGGAGUGCCAGGAUGACGACGAGGAACCAGAGGAGGAUUCGCAGGAGGAUGGUCCUGACGGUGUGAGGCUGGAAUGUCAGGAGGACGAUGCCGAAAGCAUGGGGGAGGGCUUGCAGGACUGCGGUGAUCAGAACUCAAGGCGAUUGUGUCGGGAUGAGGCUGUGGAGCGAGAGUGGCGAGGUGACACAGGCCAGAGAACAACGGAGGGAUGGGGUGCAGACGAGAGCAUCAGGCAGCAGAGGGCAGAACAAGAGUGGCAGGACAGUGGGGAGGAUGGCGAGAGACAAAGUUGGCAGGGAGAUGAAGAGGAUAGCUUGGAGGGGAAAAGCUGGAGACAGGGUUGCCAGGGUGAAGAGGAGGAGGAGAUUGUGGAAAUAAAAUAAUCAGCGGGAGUUUGAGUGGACGAGAGUACACAAAUGGGUCCUCUAGGAAGCACGUACUGUAGCCAAAAACCAGCAAGUCAUUGACUUGGAAGCGGACAGAAACAUCCAAGGUCCUGCGAAGCAAAGAGGUCUUGGUGGUUCUGCAAUUCACAUGGCCAUACUCGUAUUUGUGGGAGCUUCUGUUGGGUGGGGGGAUUGCCUUUCACUUGGAAAAUGCUCCUCACCCCAAUACCCGCAUGCCUGUGCUGGGUAGCAUCAAACAGCUGCCUCGUGGUCAUGCUUGAUGACGAUCCAACUCCCUGUCUUGUUGCAAGUCUUGUGCCAUUUUGCUGAACGAAUGAAUUCCAAAUUGGCUGACUUUAUUCAGGUCGCUUUUAAAUUUUACCUUUCAGUAUGUACAUGGUGUGCCACGUUCCUCAACGCAAACCAUGGCUGCAUCCACACAGGAUCAUGUUUCCUCCGUAUUGCUGCCCCAAAUGCAGGGGCAUUGGCAACGGAGCAUCCACAUGGGAGCUUUUUGUGUAGUUUCCAUAGUGCGCUACUGGUUGUCCUCCAUUUUUCCCCCUCCACUGUCGUGCAACUUGGAUGGGCCAGGCUAGCUUGAUCUCAUCAGCUCUCAGAAGCUAAGCUGGGUCAGCCCUCAUUAUGAUUUCGAUGAGAGACCACCAAUGAAACCCAGGGUUGCUAUGCAGAGGGAGGCAACAGCAAACCACCUCUGAAUGUCUCUUGCCUUGACAGCUCUAGGGGGUCGCCAUAAGUUGGCUGUGACUUGACAGCACUUUACACACACACACACACGCAACUGGAAGGCUUUUAGAAAGUCUUUUUUAAAGAAGUGUUAAUUGCUAUCAAACUGUAGUACAUUUGCAUAUAACUGUCUUUUGCCAUGACCUACUAAAGAGGUAUUUUUUGAAAGCUAAGGAUUCAGAGGAACUAGCAGAUUGUGGCAGUGGAUUGUAAUAGCGUUAUAUAGCACUAUUAUGCAAUAGUGUAAUAGCAAUUACCGGUUUCUUUCUUUUCUUUUGAAAACUGGUUGUCAUGCUGGGGAAAACAGCAGUGAUGAGGAGCUGACAGAAGGAAAAUGGGGUUGAUGUGCCCAGGACUGUCAAAAAGGCACACUUUCCCAUGUAGGUGGCUGGCUAAUGUGCGUGGACCGUGUUCUUUCUAGGAAGAUCAUGCCAACCCAGGUUUGAGUAUAAACAUGCAGAGGACAGCAGGGAAAGGGGAAAGUGACAGUAGGAAAUGGCAUGGGAUAUUGGGUAGUUGCUCUACAAUCAAAAAAACCCUGGUGCAGUUUGGAAGCCGGGCAGAGAAAAGCCUCCAUGGGGAUGCAAUCCGUGUGCCACUGAAAACAGAUCGCACUCCUCCUCUGAGAUAGGUGCCUUUUUGUAAAGAGGUGGGUGCCUUUCCCCUCCUAUGUUCCCAGACUUGAUUUGACAGGAAGGGCACUCUGCCUCACACUGAAAGCACUGAAAUCAGUGGCUCAAAGGUGCUUUGUGAGCAAAAAAACAAAACAAAAAAAUGAGCACUGUUUUAUUUUCACGAUUACUGUUUUAUUAUUUAGGAGCCCAGCAGAAUCUGGGGCAAUAUGUAAAACUCCAGUAUUUAACUAGAACUGCUUUUUAAAUUCUCUUGCAUGCUCCGGACCUCCCAAGUGUAGUUAUUUUUGUAAUACUUCUGAUUUUCUGCUUUUAUCCACGUCUCCCUCUUAUGAACUAAUAAAUGCUCUUUUUGAUUCCA